AGUCCACUCGCAGCCAAAUCCAGCCCAAAGUAGCCCAAUCCUGUCCCUCACAAGAACAACAGGAUAGGAAGGAGAGGCAGGCGAGAGACUCUUUUCAUCCACAAUGUCUCUCCAGGCCCACGAGCAGGUUGUCUCGCAGGCGGUGGCCAACAGGUACCAGAAUGCUGACAAGACCAAGAUGGACGUGAUGACGGCACUGCACAACUACCGUGGCCUUGUUCCCAAGCUGGAGAAAUUUGUAUUCCGCAGUGGCACUUCACGCUACUUACUGUGUCUUGAAGGCACAAUACCCGUUAUAUAUAAAGGAUCGGUGUACAACAUUCCCGUGUGCAUCUGGGUCCUGGACAACCACCCCUUCUCCCCGCCCAUGGUGUACGUCAAGCCAACGCCAGACAUGCUCAUCAAGGCUUCCCGGCACGUGGACCAGAACGGCAAGGUGUUCCUGCCGUACCUGCAUGAGUGGAACCUGAACUCCUCGGACCUGGUGGGCCUCAUACAGAUCAUGAUCAUGGUGUUUAAUGAGAUGCCUCCGGUGUACUCCAAGCCCAAGACUCACACCACCACUGCCUCCCCCUACCCCACCUCCUUCCCUGGGAACAUGCCAGGAUAUAUGCCAAUGCCAGGAGUGGGGCCUAACCUUCCCUACCCAGCCCCACAGCCCCCUGCUACCUCUGGCUACCCCUCCUACCCAACACAGCCCCCUGCGUAUCCCCCGACCAGCACCCCAUACCCAGUGUACCCCCCCACAAGCAGUGGUGGCGGCCUUCCUACUAUGCCCCAGAUGGCCACGCCCUACCCGCCCCCAUACACUGCUGGCAUGCCCUACUCAGUCUACCCACCUGUCACUUCCAACCCGUCCACACAGACAUCAGCCACAGAGACCAGCAGCACCACCUCGGCAACUAGCACUGGGACCAUCACCGAGGAGCACAUCCGCGCCUCCCUCAUCUCUGCUGUGAGUGACCGGGUGAGGGCCAAGCUCCGGGACAGCUACGGGGGCUGCCAGGCAGAGGUGUCGGUCCUGCGGCAGCAACAGUCGGAUCUGAACGAGGGCAAAACCAAGCUGGAGGGACUCCUUAAUAAGCUGGAUCAGGAGCAGACUGAGCUUGACAAGAACAUGAGGAUCUUGAGGGAGCGAGAGGCAGAGAUGAAGUCCGCCAUAGCUCGACUCUCAUCUGCCACGGAACCCCUGGACUUGGACGAGGCAGUCACCACCACGGCACCCUUGUAUAAGCAACUCCUAAAUGCCUAUGCGGAGGACCAGGCCACCCAGGACGCCAUCUACCACCUAGGGGAGGCCCUGCGCAGAGAUGUCAUUGACCUGGACUGUUUCUUGAAGCACGUACGUUCCCUCUCCAGGAAGCAGUUUCAGCUCCGAGCCACAAUGAUUAAGUGCCGCGCCAAGGGGAACAUGGCAGGAUAAGGGACUCGGCAGGGCUAGGAUUGUGUGUGUGUGGUGGUUUGUUACCCUGUCUCUCUCUCUCUCUCUCUCUCUCUCUCUCUCUCUCUCUCUCUCUCUCUCUCUCUCUCUCUCUCUCUCUCUCUCUCUCUCUCUCUCUCUCUCUCUCUCUCUCUCUCUCUCUCUCUCUCUCUCUCUCUCUCUCUCUCUCUCUCUCUCUCUCUCUCUCUCUCUCUCUCUCUCUCUCUCUCUCUCUCUCUCUCUCUCUCUCUCUCUCAUUUUUUUUUCAUCUGAUGGUUUAUUUUAGUUUUUAUUCGUCAGAGGCUCUCAAGAAUGGGGAGGAAUAUUGUUGCAUAUGAUUUAUGUAAUAUUCUCACCUCCUUUAUAUCGAAUACUUGCGUCAGUCUAGUGAUCGACAUGUAAUGCAAUAUUGAGGCAUUCUCGGAAAAAACCCGAUGUAUUUUUUUAAUCUAAGUUUUUUUCUUGAUUUAUUCUUCAAAAAUUUGUAAUGGUAUGUUAAGAAUGAGAGAAUAUGACUACUAUUACUAUUACUACUACUGUCAUUAUUAUUAUUGUUAUUGUUAUUAUUAUUGGUUACAUAUGUCAUGCCUGUGCUUGCAAUCAGGGAAUCAUGUACAGCCCAUUGACUUUAAGCUGUGUUAUUUAAUUAUUUCCUAUUAAGUAACCCCAGUAUACUCUCAAGCCUUAUGACAAACACCCCAUUGAGUAUUGCAUUAAGUUAAGGUUUCAUUUAGUACAGUAAUCACAAAUCUAUAUACACAAACUUAUAUUCUACUGACAUAUCUUGUUUUUCUGGGUUGAGUGUCUGGUAUGUUUGCUGUUUUUUCCUCCCCCUGUAUUGUGUUGCGUUUGUUUAUUCAUAGCGCCACAUGGGCUUUGGCACACUCAAGUUCCUCAAUGCUUUGCGAAGAGUUGCAAGUUUGUUUUCCGCAGCUUUUGUGACAUCCUGGUUGCUAUUUUUUUUUUCUUUCUUUUUUUUUUGCUUGUGCUUUUAAGUUGUCUGUGGUCUUGCUCCUCAUCAGCUGCAGUGUGGAGUUAGACUUCAUAGUUUUCUUUCCCAUCUCAUAUUAUUCACUCUGUCUCUCUCUAAUUUCUCCAUUUCCAAUCUGUUUUUCUAGUUCUUCUUCCCUACAACUCCCCAUCUCAUAUCAUUCACUCUCUGUCUUUCUGAUUUCUUCCUUUCCAAUCUCUUUUUCUUAUUUUCUUCCCCAUUUCUCACAUCAUUCAUUCUGUCUCUGGUUUCUCCCUUUCCAGUCUGUUUUUCUUAUUUUCUUACUCAUAUCUCCCUAUCUCUCCCCAUUAGACACACACUCAUACUCUUUCUAAUUUCUUCUCUUAGUCUGUUUUCCUUGCUUUUCCCCCAUUUCUCUCCUGUACCAUUAGACACACAAAUGCUCAUCCUCUGUGGCAUUUCAAUCACUCAUUAUUCAGGUGAUGCAGGGAGAGGACACCUGAAGCUUUCCCUGAGUGUGCAGCAUUGUGAUCUGUUCCUGGUGUAGUCCUCCCUUCCCUUGUCACUCCCCGAUAAGCACCAGCCUUGCAUUGUCCUUCAGUAUGUUUACGGAUUUUCAGAUGCAACAUGUAACUUUGUAAAUAUGCACAUAGAUAAAUAUAUAUAUAUAAAAAAAAAAGCCUGUAGGUUACCAAGUUAGCCAUGAAAUAGAAGCAGAGUUAUCAUAUUUAGUCAAUUUCUCCCUCAGAGUAGAUAGAAUAGUGUUGCUAGAAAUUAGAGAGGAAUGCAGACUGGCUGGAGAGUGUGGGAGUGACAGAGUGAAGGUGUGAGUGUGUGAGGACGAGAGACAAUGGUUUAGUGAGAAAUGUUACUGCUUAUUGGAAUGUGAUAAUUGUGUGUGUGUAUGUGUGUGUGUGUGUGAGCCAGUCUGUUUUCCUGUAGUUUCUAGGUACCAUGCUAACUGCUCAUUCUUUAUAACUGAAUUGUUAGACCAAGACAUCAUGACUUUUGUACUCUCAAGUAGCAGGAGGUGAAAUAUCCAGUAGGACAAACACACUACAGCUAUACAUACCCAUUGAAUAUAUAUUUACGUGUAAGCUUCAGAUGUGGAUGUUGUUGGAGGACAUUUCAACGCGCUUCAUUCAUGUCGGCGAAAUGAGCACUUGUAAGACUCACCUCCCGUAGUGCAGGAUAAAUUUUACACUGAGGACCGAAUGAAUGAAUGAUUUGUAAAGUGUAUCACUCAUGCAACACACCUCUCAUUCCUUUCAUUCACUUAAGUAUAAGCGUUUCGAAGGAAGAAAUGCACGUAUGAAAACUGCAAAUUCCAAAUAUCUGAUUCUCUGUAAUACUGUAUAGAGUUUGUGAAUAAGCAGUGGAUUCAGGCAUUAGCAGAGAGGAUUGGAUGCUGUAAAGGUGAUUAAUAUAUGUAAAAAAACACAUAAAAUAUCCAGUCCUCUUUAAUUCCUCAUAGGGAGUUUGUGAAGAAGAAACGGAUUCCAUCAUUAGCAAAGAGGAUUAUUCAUAGGAUUGGAUAGCAUAAGAGUGAGGCCAUGUAUAAAGUGGUAGCUUCCUUUCAAUGCCUCAGGGUGCCAGGGGUGUGUGGGAGGCCCUGCUGCCCUGGCCCUGUGUGUGGGUGCCUGUCGCUUGCUGGGAAGGAACACAAUCAAAAUGUGUGCCCUUCAAGUCAUCAGGAUUUCAGUAUAUUUUUUAUCAAGGUGUUCUGUCAAUGUAGCGAAUUUGUGAUUUUUACUAUAUGCGUAUCACAGACUGUCUAUAGCACCUGUCUUCCUUAUGCUGGAGACAAGAACUGUUCAUAUUAAAGCAUAGAUUUAUACAUCAAUGUA